AUGGGUAAAUCAAAGGAUAUGAUUAUUUUCUAUAAUGAUAGUCAAAGUGAUAAUGAUAGUCUUCAAUUAAUUGAUCCAGUUAAUAAUUUAUCACUUGAACAUGUUGAAAAAACAAAUUCUUGCCAAGAUCUUGAUCAUCAAUCAAAGAAAUUGGAAAAAGUUCAUUUAAAUGAUUCAAAUAAAACAAAAGAAAAAUCAAUAUUAAAAUUAACUAAAAAGACGCAUAAAUAUCGUCAUCAUCCAUAUAUUAAUAUAAACAAAUCAAAAACAAAAACUGAAAAUAGAAAACAAUAUCAAACUAAUAUUAAUUAUAAUAUUAAAUAUCUUAAAUCUCUUGGUUAUAUUGAAUAUUCAUCAUCAUCAUCAAAGGAAAUAAAAUAUGUUAAUAAAUCAAAUGAUCUUGAUAAAAUUCAAUCAUUAUAUAUUAAAGUUAAUAAUGCUAUUCAACAUACAUUUUCAAAAUAUAUUAAAUCAAUUAAUCAAAAAAAACAAAAUCAUUAUAUUUGUAAUCGUCGUUUUCGUUAA